AUGACCAACAUCAAGCCUGCGUACUUCUUUCCCCCGCAAUGGCAUUAUCAGACGGGUGGCCCGAUCGCUCUAGGUAGCAUCAUCAGCGACGCGAAAGAACCGCAGCGCGCGCUCAACUACGAGCCUGACGGAGUGACGAAUAGACCAGCCUUACCACGUCUAACGGCAAACACAUCGGAGCCGCAAUUCGAGACAACUAUUAGUGCCAACGUGUCGCACUCCGUGAAUAUUGACACCUCAUUGUUGCAGAUCUUUGGCUUUGGCGUUGGUCUGAAGGUCGAGCGCAAGAAGAAACGAAUCUACCGGAUACAGACCCAGAAUCUGCUCAUCCAAGAGUUCGAUCCCAAAUCAACAUAUGUAGAGCAGUGUUUUCAGCACGCGGAAGUGCAGAGAUAUCUCCAUGACACCAAGUUCCGCAAAGAUCUCUAUAUGAUCAUUGGAGUUAUGUCUGCGACCAGCGCCACGGUUAGUACUGACAUUGGCCGAAGCUAUCUGUUCGGCGGUAAUGUCGGGGUGGAUCUUACGAUUCCGACUGGCGGCGCAGCGCCUGUCGCCAUCAACCUUGGCGGCGAACAGGGCCGCGGUAAAUUCCAGACAGGUUCCUUCGGAAAAUCAGACUUCAUUCUUGGCUAUCGGUUGCGGAAGAUCACGUUCAUCAAGACUAUGCGAGUGAAGCGCAUGGAAGACGUGUACACGGGCGCCUUGCUCGAGGAUAGCGAUCAAGCUCCAGCAGAAGUCGAGCAUGAAGAGGCGGCCAAGUUUGUCCGGCUGGAGACUCAGCCUAUCGACGGGGACGAGUUCUCAUAUAUUGACUUGACUCCAGAGGAGAACGAUGCAGCACCGUACACGUUUGUGGUGCCUGAGACGGUUCCGGAUGAAGACGAGGACGAGGAUUGA